AUGAUGAUCUCCCUGGCCUCGGCGUUCCGGCGGCUGGACGCCGACGACGGCGUGGCCGCGAUGGAGCUCUGCCGGAAGCCCAUCGUCGGCGCCGUCGCCGGGUUCGCCGUCACCGCGGGCUUCGAGAUCGCCCUCGCCUGCGAUCUCCUUGUCGCUGGCCGCUCCGCCAAAUUCCUCGACACCCACGCCAAGUUUGGGAUAUUUCCUUCUUGGGGUCUUUCACAGAAGCUCUCUCGUCUCAUUGGGCCAAACAGAGCACGAGAAGUGUCACUAGCUUGCAUGCCUGUCACUGCUGAAAUGGCUGAGAAGUGGGGGCUUGCUAACCACAUUGUGGAUGAUAGUCAGGUGCUGAGUAAGGCCAUAGAGGUCGCGGAGGCCAUUGCGAGGAAUAACCGCAACUUGGUGGUGCUAUACAAGUCAGUUAUAAAUGAUGGGCUUCAGCUGGACAUGAAACAUGCCCGAGCUCUUGAAAAGGAAAGAGCUGUCAACUAUUACAAUGGCAUGACAAAGGAGCAAUUCGCAAAUAUGCAGAAGUUUAUACAAGGCCGGAGUUCUAGAGCACCAUCGAAGUUGUAG